AUGCUGCACACCGCGAGCGCGUUGCUGCACGGCAGCACCGGCGCCUGUCGCACGCGCCCGCGCGCCGCGGCCGACGCGGAGCUGUUCAUGGGCUUCAGGGCAGCGGCGCCGCCGUCGCGCCGAGUCGUCGAGGCCAUCCGGGCCGAGGCGCAGGCCGAGGCCAUCGGGAAGCUCCUCGCGGGGCCCGCGGACGACGGCUUCGAGCUCACGGAGGCCGAGGCCGCGUGGUUCAAGCGCGGGCGCAACGCGGGCGCCCGGCGUGCGUCGCCCUUCGCCGCCCGCGUCGACGCGCGCCCCGCGCAGGCCGUCUCGCGCCGCGGGCCCAUGCGCCUCGAGAAGCGCGUCUACCAGGACGCGUCCGGCCUCGAGUGCCUCGUCGGGUUCCUCUACCUCAAGGACCACGCCCGAAUUUCGCGCUUGGCCGCGGUUUCUUUCGCGGCCUGCGCCGCGGCCUACACGGCGCCGCGGUCGCCGGCGCCGCGGCUCGGCCCGCAGUGCGCCGAGCGGCCCGUCGGCGGCCUCGAGGCGGCGAGCGACGCGGACUACGAGACGUGGAUCAGCGGCCAGCUGCGCCUGAACCGCGUCCAGGACAAGGUCGUGGGCAUCGAGGAGCGGGUCGUCGGCGCGCUGCGGCGGGCCGACGCCGCGGCGUCGCUCGGCGCCAUCGGCCGCGACAUCGACGUGCUCGUCGCGACGAACAACGGCGUCACCGACCGGUCGAGCUCGACGCUGCUCGCGGGCCAGGGGGCCUGGGAGGAGCUGCUGCCCCUGCGGCGACUCUUCCCGACGUUCGCGCGCUUCCGGCCGAGCGCGCGGACCGGCGGCCUCGUCGUCGAGCGCGAGGCGCGCGUGCUCGGGCCGCUCCUCGCGUUCGGCGCGGCCGCCGACGGGUCGCCGCGGGACUCGGCGACGCUCGCGCUCGCGCCCCGCUUCUGGGGCGGCAUGUACGUCCGGGUGUUCGGCCUGACGCUGCCCCUGCCGCGCCUCGCGCCACCGCGGGCCCGCGACCUCGUCGUCAUGUACCUCGCGACCGACGUCCUCGUCGACCGGAAGCCCGACGGCGACGCGCUCUCCGUGCUCGCCGAGCCCGCGCCCUGGCGCUUCACGUCGCCCCUGCGCCUCCGCGCCAAGGUCGCCGCCUUCCGCGCGGCCCGCGCGGCCGCGCGCGACCGCCGCGCGCGCGAGGCCGCGGCCGCGGAGACCGCGGGCGCGCUCGUCGGCGACGUCGACUGGACGCGCGACGACGGCAUGGACGUCGACGACGCCGUGAUGCAGAAGUUCCUCGAGUCGAGCGACAAGUUCAAGUCCCAGUUCUCCGUCCAGGACAUGCUCGACGGCAAGAUCCGCGCCGAGGACCCCCUCGGGGACCUCCUCGCGCGCGACGACCGGGGCCGCGCGCGCGGCGCCCUGCUCGUCGGCGCCGCCGCGGCCGCGCCGCGGUGCUACGUCGACCGCGUCGACGCCCGCCAGCUGCCCCACGUCGUCUGCGAGGCCGGCACCGGCGACUGCGCCGCGCUCACCGUGCGCUACUGCGCGGCCCAGUGCCGCGCGCUCGACUACGAGGUCGCCGGCGUCGAGGCGGGCCACGCGUGCUCCUGCGGCCACGCGCUGGCGAACGCGUCGGCCGCGGCGCCGCUCGCCGAGUGCGACGAUCCGUGCGUGGGCAACGCGACCGAGACGUGCGGCGGCGAGUUCCGGCUCAUGGCCUUCGACCCGACCGGCUACGCGCCGCCGCCGCCGCCCGCCGCGGACCCGCUCCUCGACCCGCGCUGGAUCCCCAACGGCCUGACGCUGCGGGACGGCGGCUACUCGUGCCAGCCGUACUGCGCCGUGCUCCCCUCCGGCACGUGGAGCUGCGUCAUGACCUACAUCGCCGCGCCCCGCUGGGCCGAGGGCAGCCCCGGCGAGCACAUGGUCGGCAUGCGCUCCACGGACCGGGGGAAGACGUGGACGGACUUCGUCGCCUUGGAGCCCUACAGCAACGCGACGACGGCCCAGGUCUCGGCCUACGGGUCCGUCGUCGCGCGGCCCGACGGGUCCCGCGUCUUCGCCGUCUGGAUCCAGAACGUGCACAACGUGAGCCACCUGCCCGGCGCCGCGCCGUCGACGAGCUUCCGCGCGGACAUGCUCGGCGCGUUCGUCUGGAAGUACAGCGACGACGAGGGCGCGACGUGGAGCGAGGACCACUACGAGAUCCCCGUGCCCUACGGCUACAUCGAAUCCGUCAACUCCUUCAGCAAAUCGAAGAACGGCACGGGCGACGUCCAGAUCAUGUGGCAGGUCGACCACGUCAAGGUCCUCGACGACGGCACCGCGCUCUUCGCGUUCACGAAGAUCGGCACGUACGCGGUCGCCGCGCCCGAGGAGAUCUUCGUCCUCGCGUCGAGGAACCUGCUGUCGGAGGACGACCCGACGAAGGUGACCUGGGAGAUGUGGCCGGACGACGACCACGGCAUCGGCCGGCGCAUCGGCGCCGUCGGCGCCUACGACUCGCCGAGCCGCGUCACCGAGGAGCCGCACGUGCUGCCCUUCGACGGCGACGCGAAGCUCGCGCUCUUCUGGCGCACGGACCAGGGCUACAUGGGCCACGCGCGGACGACGACCUCCAAGUUCUCGAGCCUGGACGCCUGGACGAACAGCUCCUACGCCGUCUACGAGGACACGUGGGCGUCCGGGUCCGAGGCCUGGGUGAAGCAGCCCCGGGGCCCGCUGAGCCCCAAGAAGCAGCCCAACGGCCUCUGGCUCAUGACCUACUACAACACGGAGCCCCUCGGCGCCUUCGCCGCGGCGGCGACCGUGUCGGACCGCAACAACAUGUGGCUCACCGUCGGCCGCGAGGCCGGCGGCACGAUCAAGUGGAGCCAGCCGGAGCUCGCGCUCUACGACCGCGUCCACAGCAAGUUCCACGGCUACCCCGACGUCGUCACCGACGGCGGCAAAGUCUACAUCACGGAGGCCUACAAGGGCGCGCCGGGCUCCGAGGUCAAGACCCACGAGGUGGCCCCGGCGCUCCUCGAGGGCCUCUACGGCCAAAACGCCGCCAAGACCGUCGCGACGGCGGGUGUGGUCUGGGAGAGCUCCGCGCCGGCGCCGCUCCCGGCGGGCGCGCUGCCGAACUUCAUGAACUACACGUCCGACCGCUACGGUUUUACGAUUGAUGCCUGGGUCUCUAGCCUCGCGGCCGUCGCCGGCGCCGCGGUCCUCGUCGACGCGACGGACGCCGCGGGCGCGGGCGCGCGCCUGACCGGCUUCGCCAACGGCACGGUGUCGCUCCUCCUCAACGACACGGCCGGCGUCUGGGGCGUCCACUGGACGGACCCGACGUGCGCGACGCGGCUGAAGGCGCCGGGCGACCACCACGUCGCGGCAAUAGCGGACGGCGGGCCCAAGAUGAUCCUCUUCGCCGUCGACGGCAAGCUCUGCGACGGCGGGCCCAACGACGGCUGGCCAAAGGGCUGGGCCUUCUUCCCGCCGGCGCUCGGCGACGUCGGCGCGGCGGCGACCGUAGCCGCGGGCGACGUCGUCAAGAGCGCACGCCUCUACAACCGCGUCCUCUACGUGUCCGAGCUCGUCGGCAACUGGCGCGCGGGGCUCUGA